AGAGGCUCAGUAGAAAGUUCCGAACAGAGGCGAACGCUGCAGCUGAAUCAAGCGCUUGGCAAACCGUUCACGUAAUCCUUGCGGACAAAAUUGCAAACUCCAUCAAAUUUAUCAUUUCUUUAUCAAUGUGCAAAUUGCAAAAGUUUUGUGUCAAUGCCAAAAAUUAGCAAACCAGUUACUAAACUAGACAAACAAUUAGGAUUGGACAAAAGCCUAGCGUGCAGCAAAGGAUCUCGUACGGGCAACUCGGCCAACAAUAAGGAACUGAAGGUGUUGACUCUGCUGCAGACUGUGCCGUGAACUUUGUACUCUCCGUAAGAGCUAGCUAGAAAGAGAAACAUUUAGCUACUGCGCAGCUCAGUGUAAUUAGAAAUCGCCAUUGAGAAGAUACUAAAAUUGAAUCAAGCCAGAAAAGCAGCUCAAGUAAACCCAACAAAAUGGUCUACACAGAACGCACCGACAAGUGUCUGACGUCCAGCAAGGAGAG